AUGUCACUCACUACGCGCUUCUCAUUUCUCACUCUUAUCGCCCUCGCAAUCUCAGCCCUAGCCGCCGACAGCAUCCUCCCCACAUCGGCCUCCAGUAAAUUCCCGCAAUGCGGCCUGUCCUGCAACACCCUGACAGUCGCGCAGACUUCAUGCGAAGCAGGCGAAGCCUCAACCUGGACCUCAUGCUUCUGCCAGUCAGCCCUGCUCACCGGCCUUAAAUCCUCCGGCAGCAUCUGCUCUGCCUGCAGCGCCGCCGACCAAACCACUCUCUCAACCUGGUACAAUAACUACUGCAACUCUGGUGGCAAGGAUACAUCCGACACCGACACCAACGCUAAUACCGAAACCACAACUACCAAGACCUCCCCCGACCCAGCCUCUACAUCUGAUACCUCGAAAUCGGAAUCCGGCUCCAGCGGAAACACGAACAAAACCCCCGCCGCCACGGAGGAGAAGGAGUCAUGGUGGAGUUCCCACUACCGCUGGAUCAUUAUGCUCAUAGUUCUGGUCGUCGGAUUCACCCUCAUCGCCGUACUCGGCGUAUGGCUCAAGCGCCGCCACGAGGCGAGACGACCGCAUCUUUACGGUGGCGGUAGCAGCGGCAUGCUGAGCGUCCCGCCUGCUCCACGCGAUGCCGCCUGGGGCUCGGGUCCGGCGCCGCUGCCUGUGGGCGGUCUUGCUGCCGACUCUCUCGCCAGUAGCUCACGCUCUACGAUGGCGAAGACCAGUACUCCCGUCCCCGGGGCUCGGACACGAUUGACGAAGAUCGAACAGGACUCUGGGGAUGUGGAGAUUCGGCAGGUUUAG